AUGUCUUCACUUUCUCUUCUCAAAAAUACAUUGAACCAAGCGAAAAACGAAAAGAAGGCGCUUUUAACGGCCGCUUCAUCAUCUGCUACGGGAUCGGAACAAGAACAUUCAUCGGAUCAUCACAAUAAUAAUUCAGCAGCAACCUCAUCAAAGCGAUGGGUAAAGAAGAGUGAAAUUGAAGAAUUGAGAUAUAAAAAGCUUUUAGAGGAAACUAAGAAGGGAGUUAAAAGAAAACAGGAUGAGACAUCCAUAAAUUCCGACAAUAAUAAUCAUGCUGACGAAGCAUCAACAAAUUCCGAUUCUAACCAAAAGAAAACAAAAAUUGAUAAUGAAGAUGAUGACGAUAAUUUGGAAAUAAUCCCUAGAACAGAAGUAUUUAGAUUAUUGCGCUCCUAUGGAGAGCCAAUAACGUUGUUUGGAGAAACGGAUAAACUCAGAUUAAAACGUUUGAAAAAUAUUCAGACAACUUUAGGAGAAUUUAAAGGACAACAAAACGACUUUGCUAAAGCUUUAAAGGAGCGAGAGCAAGAAGUGGCUGAUGAAGUCAAUACGAGUGGUAUCGAACAAUCAAAUGCGGAAAGCUCAACACGAGAAGAUGGAACUAAAAAAGAGAAAAUCAAAUACAAAGGAGUUCAUCACAAAAAAGAAUCAGAGGAUUCCUAUGAGUUUGUGUUAAGGGUUUUAAAGAGAUUAAUGAAGGAAUGGCAAUAUUCCCUCGACGAAUUACCAGAACAUGUGAAAAAGUCUUCUCAAGGAAAGCGUGAUGCCACCAUAUUCAAACAAACCAAAACAUAUAUCAAGCCUCUCUUUAAAUUGCUAAAAAAGAAACAAUUGUCAGAUGAAAUUCUCAAGUUUUUAGAACCAAUUUGUACUUAUAUGGCGGAUAGAGAAUAUGUAAAAGCAAAUGAUGUAUAUAUGGAAUUAGCUAUUGGAGAUCAACCUUGGCCAAUAGGUGUAACCAUGGUGGGUAUUCACGCAAGAACUGCGCGUGAAAGAAUUGGUUCUGACAAAAUCAAACAUAUUCUUAACGACGAAGAACAACGAAGAUAUGUACAAAGUGUGAAGCGAUUGCUGAGUCUGGCACAAAAACUUUAUCCAACUGUGCCAAGCAAGAUGGUUGAAUAA